AAUCAUAUAUGUCGGAUAGGAUAGAUCAAGAAAAAUCAAGAAGUAGAGAGAGAAAGAGAGAAAUAUGGGAUUAUUGAUUCUUUACUUAGAUACAAUAUUGGUUCCACUAAGUCUUUUCUUAACAAUAGGAUAUCAUGCCUAUUUAUGGGGAAACUUUCGCCGGAAACCAGCAAUCACCACCGUCGGACUUCAAACUCUCCGGCGAAGAUCAUGGCUCCACGCCAAUUAUCAGGGAGAUGAUAAAAAAGGGAUGUUGGCAGUUCAGAGUUUGAGAAAUACUUUAAUGGGUAGUAUCUUAACGGCUACUAUAACAAUCUUGUUGACCGUUUCAAUGGCGGCGCUAAUGAACAACGCUUAUAAAGGUAUUCAUGUUUUAAGUGGCAGCAGCCUUUUUGGAUCUCAGUCAGGUGGGAUAGCCGUUGUUAAGUACGGCGCCGCCUCUAUGUUUUUAGUGGGUAGUUUUGUUUUCAGUUCUAUGGCGGUUUCUUGUUUGAUUGAUGCUAAUUAUGUUAUUAAUACUCCGCCGGAAAAGUUCUCGGCGGCGUAUAUAGAGACGGUUUUUGAACGUGGGUUUAUAUUGGCGGUGGUCGGAAAUAGAUUGCUUUGUGUGGCGUUUCCUUUGAUUUUGUGGAUGUUUGGUCCUUUGCCGGUGCUGGUGGUUUCUAUUGUUAUGGUUUGGGUAUUGUAUGGGCUUGAUUUUGUUAUUGCUUUUAAUUUUCAAAUUAAGUAAUUAGUAGAUAUUGAUAAAUUGUAAAACUCUACAUGCAUGCC